GGCGCCGGGCAGCGCUCGGCUUUCUCCCGUGUCUGGGGCCUCCCGAAGACGACCGACGAGCCCCACGCUGCCCCUUGGGCCUUGCCCAGCGCAAGGGGACGCUGAGCAGGAUCUCUGAACAAAAUGAAUUUCAUUACAAGGUUUUCUGCUUUGUGUCUGAGGAGAAAAAGCAAGAUGCAACAGAGGCACCAAAGUAGUCAACGACCAGCUGUUCCACUUGGAUCACGGAUUUUAACUGAUCCUUCUAAAGUUUUUGAGCACAACAUGUGGGACCAUAUGCAGUGGUCACAAGAAGAGGAGGAGCAAGCCAAGGAAAAAGCAGCAGAGAACUCGCUUGUGAAAGUUCAAUUGGAAGACCAAGAUAAAUAUGAGAGAGAAGCCAGUAAAUAUUGGAAUGAAUUUUACAGGACUCACAGAAAUAACUUUUUCAAGGAUCGCAAUUGGCUGUUUUUGGAAUUUCCAGAAAUUCUUCCAGAAAAAAUGAGACAACAGUUGAAAACACAGGAAAGAUCUUCAGAACACACAAAAAUAAAUAUUACUAACAGUUUUUCACACAAGAAUGGAAUGAAGGAAAGAGAAAAGUAUUGGAAGAAAAGUUAUGGAGAUGAUUCUACUUUUGCGCAAGGAUAUGUAUAUAAUAAAAAACAAUCAAAAUCUGUUGCUGACAACCCUCAGGGUAAAAACUGUGAAGAAGAGCUUGGCUGGCUAGAAUCAUUCCCUGGUAGUGGUGCCACUUACAGAAUAUUAGAGGUUGGCUGUGGUGCUGGAAAUAGUGUCUUCCCUAUUUUGAAAGUUAUAUGCAAUACACCUGGAACCUUUCUCUACUGUUGUGAUUUUGCUUCAGGAGCAGUGGAGCUGGUAAAGUCGCAUUCGUCCUACAAUUCAGCCUGGUGUUCUGCCUUUGUUCAUGAUGUGUGUGAUGAUGCUUUACCCUAUCCUUUUCCAGAUGAGAUCCUGGAUGUCAUUCUCCUUGUCUUUGUGCUCUCAACUAUUCAUCCUGACAGGAUGCAAGGGGUUAUAAAUAGGUUGGCUAAACUACUGAAGCCUGGAGGAAUGUUGUUAUUUCGGGACUAUGGAAGAUAUGAUACAGCUCAACUUCGUUUUAAAAAAGGUCGUUGCUUGUCAGAAAAUUUUUAUGUACGAGGUGAUGGAACCAGAGUAUAUUUCUUUACAAAAGAUGAGAUAUGGAACAUGUUCAAUUUGGCUGGAUUAACUGAAGUACAGAAUUUAGUUGAUCGGCGAUUACAAGUAAACAGGAAGAAAAAAGUGAAAAUGCAGCGAGUUUGGGUACAAAGCAAGUUCCAAAAACCAUUGCUGUUAUCUGUGAAUAAUUCUGAAGAAACCACGAAAAAGCAUCCAUAUGGAUAACUGUACCAUGAACUUCAGAAAUGGAAACAAAUUUGACAAAACCAGGGUACGUAUUUGUGCAAUAUCUACAAAUCCACUGAAUCUGAAGAGGACAAAGAAAAUGCAGGGCAGACAAGGAGACAACAGGAACUCUAGACGCAAAAGACAACUUGCUUUUUACAUUGGGAACUACUGUCUUUCUGUUUUGUCUUUCGUUUGUAACUCAGCUAAUCUGCAGUUUCUACUGUUGAAAAAUGACUAAAUAUUUGUAACAAAACAUUUUGAAAUUUGUAUGAAACACCAACGGUAAUCACUUAAUAUAAAUUUUACUACUUCAUUAUGAUU